AUGAUCAACAAGAAUGGAGAUGGUGAGCACCUUGGAGUCAGGAGAAAUGGAAAUUUAAGGCAUCCUUCCAAUAAUAUGAAAAUUCCCAGAAGGACUCAAUCAACAGUUCUCAAUUCAAAUCCAUUCUCUAGUAGAAAAUAUUCAGUGUCAACUCUAACACCAAAAGACAUAUGUCGAAGCGUUGAUUCUAGGGUAUUCGUAGAUAUAGCGUCGCCUAAUUUUCAGACUCUCGAGGAUCCUCACAGAGACGAAAUCAUAAAUAGUGUACGACUCAACUAUCUGAACAGUAGUAAAAGGAAUUCUGUUUCUCAUGGACAUGAAUUAAGUUCCAGGAUUGAUCGGACCAAGAACUCUUCUGCAAGUACCAUAACCGCUGCAAAUGCAGGUAGUGAUGACGAUGACUCCAAUUUGAAUAGCGCUGGUGGCGACAUUACACAUGAUAUUUACAAAAUGGUUAAAGCGGAAAAUCCUAAGCGGUUGAGACGCCCUCAUUCCAUGGAAGACGUAAAUUCUAAAAUUGAGCAUCACACCAAACUUUCAUCAGCAAGCGGCUUAAAUGUUCCUGGUGGCUUUAGAAGAGAAUUUAUCGUGAACAAAAAGAGGCAGGAACAUCAAUUAAAUGAUUCCGCUAGCUCAGAUAUGAAUUCACGUGAAAGUGAUUCGAUUAACCAGCCAUCUUCUUCUUCUAACCAAGAUAUUGAUAAGGUCCCCUUUCUUACAAGAAAUUUCUUGGAAUUUUUAUACGUGUUUGGGCAUUUUGCUGGUGAGUCCUUUGAGGAUGAUUUUAUUCCUGACAGCUCAAACAUGAUGAUACAGGGAGAAGAUGAGAGAAGUGCACUACUUUCUCGACCUGAUCAUAUGAAGGUCCUUCCCUCAGCCAAAGGUACGACUUCGACAAGAAAAGUUUUCUUGAUAUUGCUCAAGUCCUUCAUCGGUACCGGUGUGUUAUUUUUGCCCAAUGCCUUUCACAAUGGUGGCUUGUUUUUCUCAGUGAGCAUGCUGGCUUUUUUCGGAGUUUAUUCAUACUGGUGUUAUUACAUAUUGGUACAGGCCAAGUCUUCGUGCGGUGUAUCCUCUUUUGGUGAUAUUGGCUUAAAGUUGUAUGGGCCUUGGAUGAGGAUCAUAAUUCUUUUUUCCCUAGUGAUAACUCAAGUUGGGUUUUCUGGGGCCUACAUGAUCUUUACCGCGAAAAAUUUACAGGCCUUCCUUGAUAACGUAUUUCAUGUGGGUGUUCUUCCUUUGUCCUACUUGAUGGUAUUUCAAACGAUUGUUUUCAUUCCGCUUUCGUUUAUCAGAAACAUAUCGAAAUUAUCACUACCAUCUUUGUUGGCAAAUUUCUUCAUUAUGGCCGGUUUAGUCAUUGUCAUCAUCUUCACAGCCAAAAGGUUGUUUUUUGAUUUGAAGGCGACUCCAGCAGCGGGGGUCAUAUACGGUUUGAAUACAGAUCGUUGGACGCUCUUUAUCGGAACUGCUAUCUUUGCAUUCGAGGGGAUUGGACUAAUUAUUCCUGUUCAGGACUCUAUGAGGAACCCUGAAAAAUUUCCCCUAGUACUUGGCCUUGUUAUUCUCACGGCAACGUUACUUUUCAUUUCCAUAGCUACUUUGGGAUAUUUGGCUUACGGUUCGAGUGUUCGAACUGUUAUUCUCCUGAAUUUGCCCCAAAGUAACAUAUUCGUCAAUUUGAUUCAACUAUUCUAUUCUAUUGCUAUCAUGUUGUCUACACCUUUACAAUUAUUUCCAGCUAUUAAGAUCAUUGAGAAUAAAUUUUUUCCCAAAUUCACCAAAAUAUAUGUCAAGCACAAUGAUUUAACAACAAGAGUAGAAUUACGUCCCAACUCAGGAAAGUUAAACUGGAAGAUAAAAUGGUUAAAGAAUUUCAUACGUUCAAUCAUAGUGAUCAUCGUUGUAGCCAUUGCUUAUUUUGGGUCCGAUAAUUUAGAUAAGUUUGUGUCGGUCAUAGGUUCUCUUGCCUGUAUUCCAUUGGUAUAUAUAUACCCAUCAAUGUUGCAUUUACGAGGCAAUAGUCUUCCAGAGACUAAAGGAGAAUUUUGGAGAUUUAAGCCAGUGUUGGAUAGCAUUUUAAUUUUCUUCGGCAUAGCAAGCAUGCUUUAUACAUCCUAUCAAAGCAUUUUCGGUGUUUAA